AUGCAAGCUGCUUUAGAAUUUAAGCAGAUAAUAUUUAUAUUGCUGGCAACAUUUUGUGUAAUUUCAUUAUAUGCAGAACAAGUUCAAGAAUGGGAAAAGUUAUCUCAAGAAGAAGAAAUGGAGCUGGAUAGACAGCUCAAACUUAUAAACAAACCUCCAAUCAAGAGUUUCCAGACUGAACAUGGUGAUAUUAUAGAUUGUGUUGACAUCUACAAACAGCUUGCAUUUGAUCAUCCUACGCUCAAGAAUCAUGCAAUUCAGAUGAAACCUACAACCAUACCAAAAGGAAUAAGAAAUGAAUCUGAGACAAUCUAUAAAUCUAUGCCAUAUAUCCCCGGAAACAUUCGUUGUCCACGAGGAUCGGUGCCUAUCAGAAGGACUACCAGGGAAGAUCUGAUAAUGGCAAAACAUAUAAAGUCUAAGGGAUUUAAUCAUCCAAGAAAAUCUCAUGCCAAGACCUCUGGACUUGACCUAGCAGGCUAUCAUUCUGCGGUGCUUGAAUAUGAAAAUCGAAUAGUUGGGGGGAGAGCAACUAUUAAUAUUUGGAACCCCGUUGUUAAUAAUGCCAAACAAUAUAGUGUUUCUAGUAUGUGGAUUGCAAAUGGAGAUGCAGAGAAGAUGAACAGCAUAUCUGUUGGGUGGGCAGUUAAUAGAGCUCUAUACUCAGAUAACAAAAGCAGAUUAAAUACCUAUUGGACUGCAGAUAAUUCUCAUAGUACUGGUUGCUUCAACACCUUCUGUCCAGGAUUUGUACAAGUUAGCUCUAAAAUAUUCCUUGGUCUCCCUCUUGACCCAGUUUCUACUUACAAUGGUCCUCAAUUUGAUAUAGCAGUCAGUAUAUCUCAGGACUUUAGUACGGGAAAUUGGAUGUUGAUGUUUUCAGACAUAUAUGUGGGUUACUGGCCAAAGGCAAUAUUCACUAGUAUGGCAGAAGGUGCAAAUUUUAUUUCAUGGGGAGGGGAGGUUUACAGCAUGAUAAGUGAUUUGAGCCCUCAAAUGGGGAGUGCUCAUUUCCCAGAAGAAGGUUACGGAAAGGCAGCAUUUGUGAAACAGAUUCAAGUUAUUCCCAAUAUUGAUUUGUCAGGAUAUGGUGAUCCAGAUGAGCAUUCACUUAAAUUGUAUAGAGAUGCACCUCAUUGUUAUGAUGUUGAAAAAGGUGUAGAUAAGCAGGGACAUUAUAUUUUCUUUGGGGGUCCUGGAAAUUGUACUUUUCAAGUGUAG